GAUGUUGUUUUUAAUGGAUGCUCACCCAAAAUAAUGUCUGAAAAUGUCGAGUACUUUUUGCGGAUUUUCCAGUCUCUUGCAAUCCUUGAGGUAAUUAAUGCAGCAAUUGGUCUUGUCCGAUCGUCUGCAUUUACUACUGCCAUCCAACUUUUGUCCAGACUUUUCGUUGUCUGGGGGAUCUUGUUUCCCAUGCCUAUGAUAAAGAGUAAUAGUUAUGGCUGCACUUUAAUUAUUUGCGCAUGGUCAAUUGCUGAAAUAACUAGAUAUAUGUAUUAUGUAACCACGUUACUCCAUCAUGACUUGAAGCUACUUACUAUCUUGAGGGCGAAAUACUUUUGA